GCCUGUUAGUCUGAUUCAAUCAGCAGAUCCCUGCGGAAGGGGAUAAAGGCGCCUUCUCUCUCCUCCUCCUCCUCACCUUCUUCUGGUGUAAGGAUCCUUAGACGAAGGAGUGCAAGUGCCCUCUAUCUUGCUUGAGAGACUGAAUCGCUUUGGCGUGACUUCCUGCAGAAAGUCUUGAGAAAUGUUAAAUAACGUACCUGGUGUAAAGAGGUGAUCACAGAAGGUGUUUAUAGGCUUCUGCUGCAAAUCUUUUGCAUCAUCAUGGUCGCUUGGAGGCGAGUCCAGCUGAAAUUGGGGUGUGAACACUUUUUCUCCAGAGGGAAGAUUAUUCCAGGUGGAAUAUGCCAUUGAAGCUAUAAAGCUUGGUUCCACAGCAAUUGGAAUUCAAACAUCAGAAGGGGUUUGCCUGGCUGUGGAGAAGAGGAUCACCUCUCCACUUAUGGAACCCAGCAGUAUUGAGAAAAUUGUAGAAAUAGAUUCUCAUAUAGGCUGUGCAAUGAGUGGUUUAAUAGCUGAUGCAAAGACAUUAAUUGACAAAGCAAGGGUUGAGACACAGAAUCAUUGGUUUACAUACAAUGAAAUCAUGACCGUAGAGAGUGUGACACAGGCAGUGUCAAACUUAGCUUUACAGUUUGGGGAAGAAGAUGCUGAUCCAGGUGCUAUGUCAAGACCAUUUGGUGUGGCGCUGCUCUUUGGAGGAGUCGAUGAAAAGGGACCUCAGCUGUUUCACAUGGACCCUUCUGGGACAUUUGUACAGUGUGAUGCAAGAGCAAUUGGAUCAGCUUCAGAAGGAGCACAAAGCUCCUUGCAAGAAGUUUAUCACAAGUCAAUGACACUGAAAGAAGCAAUCAAGUCAUCCCUUAUCAUUCUAAAACAGGUUAUGGAAGAAAAACUGAAUGCAACUAACAUUGAGCAUAGAGACAGGAUUGGGCCCUACAGGACCCUAAAACACCAGAACAAGAGGAUCUCAACAUCAUCUUCUGGAAUCCUUCCACCAGCUUGCAACAGUGCAACCUGGAAAGAAAUUCCAUAUGUACACAAAAGAAGAACUUGAAGAUGUCAUCAAAGAUAUUUGAUGAGGGAGAGAACCUCUCCAAAUGCCUCAUUCCCUGAUCACAGCAAACUGACUCUUCAGUUUUUUUCCAGUGCCCGUAACUUUAUUUCAGCAGCACGUAUGGCUGCUCUUAAACAAGGCUCAAAGAUUUUUUUACAGUUUCUGUACAUAAAAAAGAUCUUCAACAAGAGGAAACUAGAAUAAAUCAUUUUGUUACUCUUA